AUGGGAUUUGACUCCAGUAGAUUCGGAGGGAAUCCAUCUCGUCCUGGGAAAGCGGGGAUCGGGGACGAAGAGGAGGCGGAGGACGAAGACCAACCGCAGUGCCGAAUCUGCCUGGAGUGCGACGGUGACGACCUUAUUGCUCCUUGCAAAUGCAAGGGCUCGGCGCGUUUUGUGCAUCGGAGCUGUCUGGACCAAUGGCGGGCCACCAAGGAGGGCUUCGCCUUCUGCCACUGCUCCACGUGCAAGACACGCUUCCACCUGCGCGUGUGCCCGCCGCCCGACCCCCGAUUCCGCCAUCUCAAGUUCAGAUUAUUUGUCGCGAGGGAUAUUGUGUUCGUGACGCUGCUGGUGCAGCUGCUGAUUAUCUGCUUUGGCUGCACUGCAUACGUGGCGGAUCACUAUUUUGACAUGGGUUUGCAGAAAUCAUGGGGCGUGCAAAGCACAGCAACGUUCUACUACAUUUGUGGUGUGCUGCUCUUCCUUGUGUGUGCUGGUCUCCUCGGUGCCACCAUGACGUGUGUUGACCGCCGGAUUCGCAGUGAUCUGUCUGCUCCCUGCAGGGACCUGGAAGCCUGGUGCUGUGACCCUCGUGUGUGCGGUGGCUGUCGAAACUGCUACCUUUUUCCCGACUGUCUUUGCCCACACUGCUCAUGCUGCGCCCACCCCUGCACUAGCUGUAGCGACUGCUGUGCUGGUGCAUGCACUGGGGACGGUUGGCUUGUCCUCCUGCCAAUCCUACUGGUCGUGCUGGCUUUCGUGGGGGUGUUUUACUGCUUGUUGGUCUCGAUUCUGGUGGUGCAGCGGAUUUGUCAGCGCCACUAUCACAUCCUCGUUAAGAGGAUCCUCACUAAGGAGUAUAUCGUAGAAGAUUUGUCUGGAAUGUCUCUUCCUCCUGAUUGGUCGCCACCGCCGCUGCCGCCGGAACACGAGUUGCAGCUCAGGGAUUUGGGCCUUCUCUGA